AUGGCAUACUACAUCAUGCCACCUGAUGCGCAGCCAGCAACCAGAGUAGCCUCACUUCAGAUACCCAAACGUGGAAUCGGCACCAACAUGGACACCAACGGGGCCUCUUCUAACGGUGUGGCCAGAGCCCAGGAUUCUAACACGCCACACCGUACCAACGGGAGCAUCUCAGCGCCAGAAACUAACCCGGAGGCUGAUAAUCCUACGGUUAUCCCGCAAGAGCUGCUCUCGAAGUUCCAUUUCGCCUUCUUGAUUCGUGAUCCGCACUAUAGUAUCCCAUCGUACUACCGCUGCACCAUCCCGCCUCUAGACGAUGUCACGGGAUUCUAUGAGUUCUACGAAAACGAAUCUGGAUAUGACGAACUGCGCCGGUUCUUCGACUAUCUCCGCAAAAUCCAAUUUGUUGGGCCAUCCCACGCAAGUACAGUCCAUACUGGAAAUGCAAAUGCAACCCUGAAUGGGACCGCCAAUGGAACCACAAAUGGAACCACAAAUGGAAUUCAUAGUGAGCCGGAGAAGGUCGAAAUAUGCGUGGUUGACGCAGAUGAUCUUCUGGACAACCCUGCAGCUGUGAUCGAACGCUUCUGCAAGAGUGUUGGGGAGGAGUACACCCCUGAGAUGCUCCAGUGGUCCUCAGAGAAAGACCAGAAAGUGGCUCAUGACGCUUUUGCCAAAUGGCAUGGCUUCCACGAUGAUGCACUAGGUUCCAAAAGCCUACGUCCAAGAGCCCACGGUGUUGCUAUUUUUGGAACCUGUACAGCUGACACUUACUCUUCCGUCGCCAAUAAGAAGAAAGCAGCCAAAACUGAAGAAGAGUUCGAUGCUGAGUGGAAGGAGAAGUACGGUGAGAAAGGAGCAAAGAUCAUUCGCUCUGCCGUUGACCGAAACAUGGCGGAUUACCGCUAUUUGAAGAAAUUCGCCAUGAAGAUAUAG